AGGGGGGACCCCGGUGAGGACAUGCAAUAACUAACCAAGAGAACCAGAUACGAGAGGACAGAAAAUGGACAGGAUGUGGAAAAAUGAGCAAGGCAGUGCUACUGUCGAGUGGUGCGGUGGGAUUCUUUUUUAGUGUCUAAACACUUGUAAGAACCUGUGAGUUGAUAUGUUAGUAUAACCUGUGUUGUUAUAAGUGAUCCCAGCACAAGUAAUUAAAGUCUAUAAUGUUUCUAUCGAACUGACUGAUAUGGUUUGAUUUUCAUACAGGACCAUUAAAAAUUUCUUGUUGUGGAACAAAAGGAUUUUGACCUCCGUCUUCCUUUGACAAGACCCAGGCAUGGACGAAACAGACACGCUGCAAAAGGACUCGACAGAACUUUAUUUAAGUGAACUGAAAAAUGAAAAGAAUAAAGUCAAAAAGGCAAAGAUACCGAAGGUUGGCCCCAUUGGACUGUUUAGGUUUGCAGAUGGCUUAGACGUUGUACUGAUCGUCUUCGGGACAGUGAUGUCGAUGGUCCAUGGGCUAACGUUCCCCCUUAUGUGUGUAAUAUUUGGGAAUGUGGCGGACACCUUUGUACUGUACUCAAGAAUGUCUAAAAUCAACACCAGCCAUGCCAGUGAGUUCAUAGAGACGGUAACAAUUAGCUACGUAUCUAACAUGACAAUGGAGAACAUAACACUUUAUCUAUUUUCAGAUUCCACCACCAUAAUUCCGAACAACACCUUGCAGGAAAACAUUACUAGUUUUGCCAUCUACUACAGCAUCAUCGGUGCGAUAUUGAUGGUGGCUGCCUACAUACAGGCUGCUUUCUUUGCACUGGCUGCCGGGCGGCAGAUCAAACGCAUUCGCACGCAUUUUUUCCACAGUAUCAUGCGACAGAACAUCGGCUGGUUUGAUGUCAACGAGACAGCAACACUCAACACUCGUCUCGUUGAUGAUAUCUGUAAGAUCCAAGAGGGUAUAGGAGACAAGAUGGGGAUGCUAAUCCAGUCCGUUUCCACGUUCAUCUUAUCCAUCAUCAUCGGUUUCAGUAUAGGAUGGAAACUCGCUCUGGUCAUCUUGGCCAUCUGCCCCUUGCUAGGCCUUUCAGCAGCACUUUUUACUAGGGUAGUGACGUCAUACACUUCUAAAGAACAGGCUGCUUAUGCCAAAGCGGGUGCAGUGGCAGAGGAGGUGCUUUCUGCCAUCAGGACCGUGUUUGCCUUCAAUGGUCAGCAAAAAGAGCUCGAGAGAUAUCGUAAGAGUUUGGAGGCCGCAAAGAAAAUGGGAGUAGAGAGGUUGAUAAGUUCAAACUUGAUCAUGGGCUUUACCUUUAUGCUGAUGUACCUGUCUUAUGCUCUGGCCUUCUGGUAUGGGAGUACACGCAUUCUGAGUGAAGAUAAAGAAUACACCCUUGGAACUGUACUCACAGUUUUAUUCACUUUGCUCGCUGGAACAUUCGCCUUGGGGCAAACUUCACCUAACCUCGAGGCCUUUGUCAUUGCCCAAGGAGCAGCACACCAAUUGUACACCAUCAUUGACAGAAAACCACCUAUCGACAGCUCUUCGGAAAGUGGCUUCAAGCCUGACUCAGUCAAUGGAAACAUAGAGUUCAAGAACAUUCACUUCAACUACCCCUCAAGGCCAGGAGUCAAAGUAUUAAACAACAUGUCCCUGAGUGUGAAGAGUGGACAGACCAUCGCCUUAGUGGGAAGCAGUGGCUGUGGUAAAAGCACCACCGUCCAGCUGUUGCAGAGGUUCUAUGAUCCUCAGGAGGGAUCUAUAUCUAUUGAUGAUCAUGACAUCCGUUCUCUCAAUAUCCGCUACCUGCGAGGGAUGAUUGGCGUGGUGAGUCAAGAGCCUGUCCUUUUUGCUACUACCAUCGCUGAAAACAUUCGAGGUGGACGAACCAAUGUAACACAGCAUGAAUUAGAGCAAGCUGCCAAGGAGGCCAACGCUUAUGACUUCAUCAUGAACCUUCCCGAUAAGUUUGAGACGCUGGUUGGGGACCGAGGGACUCAGAUGAGUGGAGGUCAGAAGCAGAGAAUUGCAAUUGCUCGGGCGCUCGUCCGUCAACCCAAAAUCCUUUUGCUGGACGAAGCAACAUCUGCUCUUGAUUCUGAGAGUGAGACUAUUGUGCAGGCUGCACUCGACAAGGUCAGACUGGGUCGUACCACCAUAAUUGUGGCCCAUCGUCUCUCAACUAUCAGAAAUGCCGAUAUGAUUGCUGGUUUCCAACAUGGAGAGGUUGUAGAGCUGGGGACUCAUAGUCAACUGAUGGGAAAAAAGGGUGUCUAUCAUACUCUCAUUACUAUGCAGAUGUUUCAGAAAGCUAAGGAUGAGGAUCAGCAGAAUUGUGAGCAUAAUGACAAACGCUUACCAGCCAAAACUUCUUCUGAAUCUUCCACAUAUAGGUGGAAGUCUACAAAAAGUUCUUCCUCCGCUGGUGUAGAGCAAAACAAAGAGAGUGAAAAUUUGGUGGAUGACAAAGACCAAACAGAAGAGGUUGAAAAUGGUCCACCUUCUAUGUUUCUCAAAGUGAUGCGUUUCAACCUUUCUGAGUGGCCUUACAUUUUGUUGGGGAUCAUUUCUGCUGCAAUCACUGGAAUAUCUCAGCCUGUGUACGCAGUCCUCAUUUCAGAGUUCAUCAGUCUGUUUACUGAGCUUGAUCAAGAGAUGAAAAAAAAAAAAACAGAAUUCCUUUGCCUCAUGUUUGCUGCUGCUGGAUUUGUAGUGUUUUUCACUGUGUUUCUACAGGGUUUUUGUUUUGGUAAAGCUGGAGAGAUCCUGACCAUGAAACUGAGACUUGCAGCUUUCAAGGCUAUGAUGAGGCAGGACCUUGGCUGGUUUGAUGACCCCAAAAAUAGUGUUGGUGCACUCACAACAAGGCUGGCGUCAGACUCUGCUGAAGUAAAAGGGGUUACCGGACUACGUUUGGCCACAUUGGUCAAGAUUAUAUCCAAUAUGGGCAGCAGUGUAAUUAUCUCCUUUGUGUAUGGCUGGGAGCUGACCCUGUUUAUACUGGUGUUAGUGCCAAUCUUGGCAGUGGCUGGAGCUUUAAAGAUUCAGAUGCUGACUGGUAAAACAGCAAAGGUCAAGAAGGAGCUGGAGAAGGCUGGAAAGAUUGUUACAGACGCCAUCGAGAAUAUCCGUACAGUUGCAUCUCUGACUAGUGAACCCAAGUUUGAAUCUUUGUAUGAGAAUAGCCUCGAAGUUCUAUACAAAAACUCAGAGGAAAUGGCCCAUGUGCAUGGUUUUGUCUUUGGUUUCUCCCAAGCCUUGCUUUGUUUUGGUUAUGCCGGAUGUUUCUUGUUUGGAGCUUGGCUCAUUGAGCACGGCAGGAUGGACGUUCAGGCACUAUUUCUAGUGAUCCUGUCAAUUAUAUAUGGUUCAAUAUCUGUUGGAGAGGCCCAUUCCCUUGCUCCAAACUAUGCAAAUGCCAAAAUAUCAGCUGCUCACAUCAUGAUGCUUCUGAACACACAGCCUGCUAUUGAUAAUCUCUCACAUGAUGGACAGUCAUUGGACCAAUUUGAUGGGAAUGUGCACUUGGAGGAUGUUACAUUUAAUUACCCGACACGCCCUGAUGUACCCGUCCUCAGAGGGCUGAAUUUGAAGGUGAGCAAAGGGGAGACACUGGCCCUAUUAGGAACCAGCGGCUGUGGAAAAAGCACCACUAUCCAGCUCCUGGAGAGGUUCUAUGACACCAAGGAAGGGAACAUGAGGUUUGAUUCUGUAAGCGUGAAAGAGCUGAACAUCCACUGGCUGAGGUCUCAGAUAGGUAUUGUGUCCCAGGAGCCUGUGCUCUUUGACUGCAGCUUGGCUGAAAACAUCGCCUAUGGAGACAACAGUCGUACUGUAACUAUAGAGGAGAUCAAGGCAGCUGCUGAAGCAGCCAACAUUCACAGCUUCAUAGAAAACUUGCCAAAGAAGUACGACACUCAGGCAGGCGAUAAGGGGACCCAGCUGUCUGGUGGUCAAAAACAACGAAUAGCAAUAGCUCGAGCCAUCCUUCGUAACCCCAAACUGUUGCUUCUGGAUGAGGCCACGUCUGCACUCGACACUGAGAGUGAGAAGGUGGUGCAAGAGGCGUUGGACAAAGCGAGGCAGGGCAGGACGUGUAUUGUUAUAGCCCACCGUCUGUCCACCAUCCAAAACGCAGACCGCAUCGCUGUCUUUCAGGGAGGGGUGGUGGUUGAACAAGGGACGCACCAGCAGCUGCUAGCCAAAAAGGGAGUCUAUCACAUGCUGGUCACUAAACAGUUGGGCUAUGGGAGGAAAUAAUCGAGAGUAAUUCAGUGACUGUACUAUAUGCUGACAUCGGAGAGGGGAUGUAUUGGACUGUUCAGAAGUCAGUCACAGGACUGAUAUAAAUGCAUGUUUUUGGACAGUGGAACGAAGCCAAGGUAUUCAGACAACUCAUGCUUUGAUUAGUGCACAGGUUACUUCUAUUAUUGUUCACAAAUCAAUCAUCACAAAUCAUCAGUUAAAGAUAGGUAAUGAGGCAAUCCAUACAUUGUCUCGACAUAGAAAGUACUAAUGUUAAAACUGUAUGAACAUUUAGUCCAAGUUUCAUUGACAUAUGAACGCAUGAUGAGGAGCCACAGGAUCCAAGUGUGAAAAGGAUUGGACCAAAUAAGGAUGACCAACAGAUCAAUAUUUUGCACAUUAACUAAUGUGCAGUAACAUGGGUUAAUGGAAACUAUUUGUUUCAAGGUUAUGUACCUCCUUAACUUAAAUCAAACUUAGCCAACGUCCUCAAAUAAUGGCCUCAACUCAAAUGAAUCACUGUGUGCGUCAUCCACCGCAGCGCAAAUAAACACCUUUUCUUUUCCACCAAAGAAAUGGAUGCAUGACUUCUACUACCACGACGUGUCACAGUAAAAGGUUUACCACAAUAACAUAACAGUCGCAUUGUUUCACUUCAUUCAUUUGUUCAUUCAUAACCAUUUGUACAAAUACAUUUCCAUAAUACUAAUUUUGCAGAUUGUAUCAGUAAAAUAAUAUACCACGGUACAAUAUCCAAUCAUAUAUAUUUAAUAUACAGUACAAGUAAUACACAAUCUAUUUUAAGUAGCAUUAUUUGUGGGGGGAAAUGAUAUUACACAUACUAUGAUUAAACUUGGAUUUCAUGUUGUGAUAAAAGUGCAUUUGUACGAAUAAAGUCCUAUUCUGUAAUACAGUAAAUGCCUUACCUCUAAUAAAUGCCCGUUACUCUGUGCAGUUGAGUAAAUGAAGGCCUCUGGCCACUAUUCAAGGAAAUUAGCUCAAAUAAGACAACAGAGACCCCAGACUGUUGAACAGCUAAAGCUGUACAUCAAGCAAGAAUGGGAAAGAAUUCCACCUACAAAGCUUCAACAAUUAGUGUCCUCAGUUCCCAAACGUUUAUUGAAUGUUGUUAAAAGAAAAGGUGAUGUAACACAGUUGUAAACAUGACCCUGUCCCAGCUUUUUUUGGAACGUAUUGCAGCCAUAAGUUAAUGAUUAUUUGCUAAAAACAAUAGAGUUUAUCAGUUUGAACAUUAAAUAUCUUGUCUUUGUAGUGUAUUCAAUUAAAUAUAGGACGAACAUGAUUUGCAAAUCAUUGUAUUCUGUUUUUAUUCAUGUUUAACACAACAUCCCAACUUCAUUGGAAUUGGGGUUGUACAAGUGGGAAUUGACAAUGAAAUGCUAUAUAUUGAGUACUUUGUGUCAUGUUGUAUGGGUGACGAUAUAUGAAUACGUUAUGCAUACAUGGACCAUUUUAGAAAAGAUUGAUCAGAUGUGAGUUUUUACCCCGCAGAGCAGGAGAGUGUGUUGGCUAAUAAGUUAUUGCAAGUUAUCUCCAUAGUAACACACGGGAAACGCUGUGAUGGUAAAGCGAUGGUAAAAUGUUCUCGCUAAAAUGGGGAAGUAAAACUGGAAUAAACAGUUAAAGUGCAGUUCAGAAGUGACAUUUUUGACAAAGGACCUAAAAUUGAGUGAACUGGUUCUGACAUCCUCCUUUUGGCCAAAUAAGCCAAGAGGGUGAAUCAGACCCUUAAGGACAGCAGUCCUUUAUAAGUAAAAAACCUCUGCUUUUAGCGCUCUUUGCCGUCGGCCAGCAUCUGAAGUACAACGGAAGUUCUUAUUCUCCCAUCUAUCUUUGUGUAAGAUGCAGGAUGAUUAGAGACAGCUUCUAAAAAGAUUGCCAAAUGUUUUUUUCUAGCUAAGAUUAGAUGAAGACAAAUAGAGCAGUUAUGCUAUAGCCUCAGAUACAAGAGCCCUUGACCUUUCUCCUCAUAACCCCUAUCUAAUAAUACAAUUUUGAAGAACAAGCUCGUCGGAGGAAUGCUCGACUUGAUCAAUCGAAUAUUCCUAUUUGGAAUUAGAUAUUACUAUUUUUAUUUGCAUUUCAUUUUAAUGUUUUGGAAUUUCACAUUUUGGACUGUUUUCAUUUACAAUUGAAAGAGACUUAGAAUGUUACCAACUUUUUCCUUGAACUGAUGUUUUUGGACUUUUGGUUUUCAUCUCAGAGGAUCGGCUUGAAAUAUUUGAUCUCAUUUAUGAGUGAGUAGAUGUUUCAUAUACAGCUCCUUUUUGUGAAUUUUAUUAUUUGAUGCUUUUCCCCUUGCCGAAUACGAUUCAUUAAAGUGUCUUUUU